AUAAUGUAAUAAGUAAUGGUAAAGCUAUAAAUAAUCAGAACAUUACUAUCCCAAAUAAGAAAGGCUUAGAUUUUCAUGGCUUUCAAGAGUCUGGACAAUAUUGUCAUGAAAGUCGUGCCCUUAGCAAUUAUGGAGAUUUUAUUCACAUCUCCCCUCCUAAGCCAUACACUGACAUGGGUUACAGUGAUGGUUCCCUGAGUAAGAGGAUAUUGUCUUGGACACCGACGGAAUCAUUUCAAAUUCCUGAAAAUAAACAUUUAAAGAGAGGCAGAGAUAUGUCAGUGCCAGAUUUUCAAGAUUUUGUAUAUACUUCGUUAAUGCAAAUACAAUAUGCGCUAGGUUUAUCCAAUGUUUUUAAAAAGAAAACUCUAAACUUAACUAACAUAUUUGAUGAGGAGAUCAAUUGUGUCAAGCCUGUUCAUCCACCUAACGAUGUUUACCUUGGCCAAAUUCCAAUGUGUACAGUCUCUCAGAUUAAAGACUUGGAUGAUAAACUUGAGAAUGAUACAUUUAAUAGUAAAUGGAAAAAGGCGCUAAUUAAGAAUUUUAGUGCAGAGUACCUCCGGGGACUAGGACAUAUGGCUGCUGGUCGCAAGAUCAUGGAGGCUUUGUUCAGUGAUGAUCUGCGCAUUAAUAUGUGUUAUACCGGAAGAGUUAGCGGUCGCUCUUUUAAAGACAAGAAUCUGCCCAGCAAUCUUUGGUGUCAUGGCAAAAAUCGGGUUUUUGGACGAAGAACUCGUUAA